UCAAUAUGGAUUACUUUCGCUCAGUAAACGUCAGCAACAUGGCAGAUUCAAUGAAAAAAUUUGGUGCCCAAACGGCAACCUUCUUCUCGAGAGCAAAGCAGUACACAGAGGAACAACUUGGCACGUCGGAGAAGACAAUAUUUGAUGCCCGAUUUGAGUCCCUAGUUGAGAAAGCAGAUCGUACUAAAUAUUGGACAGAACGCUUACUGCGGCAAACGGAGGCACUGCUUCAACCUAACCCAGGUUUCAGAGCUGAAGAGUUUGUGUAUCAAAAGUUGGACAAACCUAAACCUCCUCGUCUGACAGAGAGUGAAGCAUUAGGCCAGUCUAUGAUUGAGGCUGGAAACGACUUUGGUCCUGGAACUAGCUAUGGUAGUGCAUUGGUAAAAUGUGGAGCAACAGAAAAAAAGCUUGGCCAGGCAGAGCGCGAUUUAAAAACCAAGUCCAUGUCCAAUUUUCUUCAUCAGCUGAAGACAUUUUUGGAAGGGGACAUGAAGACAAUUGCAAAAGAGAAAAGAACCCUACUUGCCAAGAGAUUAGACCUGGAUGCUUGCAAAGCUAAAGUGAAAAAGGCCCAGAGUCCUGAGAAAAUACAACAAGUCACAUUCAAAUGCUUGACUAAAGGUCUCUUUCUUCCUGAUGAUAAAGCGGAAAAGAUGUAUUCUUCACGGAAUAUGGUUGUAAUCACUGAGUUGGAUGAGGCAGAGGCAGAUUUAAGAGUAUGUCAAGGAGAGUUUGACAGACAGUAUGAAGUGACAAAGUUACUGCUGGAUGGAAUCAGCACAGCUCAUGCCAACCAUCACAGGGCACUGAUGAAUUUUGUUGAGGCCCAGGCACAGUAUUAUGCACAGUGCCAUGCAUACAUGACAGAGCUGCAGAAGCAACUGGCAAGUCCUCCAGGUGAUGCAGCUUUAUCUUUUGUUCCUCCCUCUGCACCUUCCUUUUCUGACACCUCUGGUGGGUUGGACCUGAACACUGUUCCUCGGCCAUCCCUGACCCAAAAGGCCAAAGUAUUGUAUGAUUAUGAUGCAGCAGACAAGAAUGAGCUCUCCUUGCUUGCUGAUGAGGUGAUCACGGUUUACAGCGCACCUGGAUUGGACCCCGAUUGGAAGAUUGGCGAGAGGGGAAGUCAAAAAGGAAAAGUGCCACUAACAUAUCUAGAACUGCUUAGCUAAGUGUAAUUAGUAGGAAAGGUAGAAAGUGCGGUCGCUUUAAAAACACGGAAUGAACAUGAUACUGGUCACCAAUAAAAUUCUUUCAGACAGGUUAGACUAGAUUUUGUAUGUUGAGUAGGGGUUAGGUUGGUUGAGUGAAUUUGAGGUGAUCAAAGAAAUCGAUAUUUUUUAAAAAAGAAGUUGUCAGUCAAUUGCCUGCUACUGCACAGCGUCCAGAUGGUGGUAUUAUUUGUUAUGUUGAUCAAGAGGUAUGGACAGAUACUAGCACUUAAGUAGGACGAUAUUUAACUUUCCAAAAAUCCACAGAAGAAUUUGUUUGAUUGUUGCAUGACAGUUCUUUGAGGACGAGGAAGAGAAAUUGUUGGCAAAUUUCGUCUGAAAAAGCGACGAAGUAGAAACGCCUUUGAAUCGAAGAAUAAAUAAAAAAUUUAAAUUAAUUCUCAUUUACAUAAGUCAGUAGAAAAUAUGAUUAAACACUUUGGCUGCGACCAAGUUGCCCUCAGGGUCAGGAGGCAGAAAUUAUCUCGAGUUGGUUAUGGAGACAACGUCAAGUGUUCUGAAAGGGGCUGUUAAGGUUGAUUGUUAGCAUUCAAGUGGUUCCCGAAAUGUCCAGGCAUUUAUAGUACCUCACUUCAGGUUUCAUAAGUUCAUCAGUGAAGUCUUAUAGCGGUGUAGGUUGCUCGUCCAUUUACAAUUGUUGUAUGUUGUGUUUUUGCAUUUGAAGCGUUUUCAAUUGAUUUUCUAGUGCAUUUGUCUAAAAAAAGUAGAUUAUUUGGAAUUAGUCUCCUUGUAUUGAAAUUGUAUGCUUUUGUACUCUACUCAGGUAGCUCAACAUCAACAUUUUAAACUUCGUUUAAAAGGAAUUAAGGAACUCUUAGGCUCAAAACAAUAAACCAAACAAUUAAUUUAAUAAUGUAUUCCUAAGAAUUUAGCACUGAGGUGUUUUGUUCAACGCCUGAAUAUUAAAUAUCGUAGGUGGGA